UUCCCGCCAAAUCCUUCUCAGUAAAACCCUCUCCCACCAGAAACCAUCUCCUUUCUCUCUCUCUCUACCUCCAUCCUCUCUCUCUCUCUCUCUCUCUCUCCUCCGCCUCCAUUGCCCAGAAACCCUAGCUCUCUCUCUCUGAACAUCCAUGGCUGCUUCAACUCCAAAAACCAAAACCUUCCAAUCCCCAACCAAAACCCCAACUAGCAACGUCUAUCGCAAAUCGUACCUAUCUCCUUCUUCAGCAUCGCAUCUGACUCCCCAAACACCACAAACCCUCACUCCUCUCCGCAGAUCCGCUCGCCAUGUCUCCCGCAAGAUCGAUCUCGGAGACGACGCCGACGACCACCAAGAGAAGAAUCUCAACGCUCCGAUUGAAGAAAUGAAUCUCAUCCGAAAACGAGAGAGAGCCCCCAGAAAACAACAAUCCACAGACGAUCUCAAAACUCCCAACAAGAAGACUAAAUCCAAAUCCAAUGUCAACGCGGAGGUUUCCUUCUCUCCUGUAUCUCCGAUUCGAUCCGAGAAGACGCCGACUACGACGAGGACGAGGAGGAAGACGAAAAACACCGAAACAAGCUCGAACAAGAGAGUCUACUACAACAAAGUCGAAUUCGAUUCCGUCCAAUUCCAAAUCGGCGACGAUGUUUACGUCAAACGAAAAGAAGACGAAGAAGACGACGACGACGCGGAGUUCGAAGAUUGCCGGAUCUGCUUCAAAUCAGGAAGUAGUAUCAACAACGUGAUGCUCGAGUGCGACGACUGCUUAGGCGGAUUCCAUCUGAAAUGCCUGAAUCCGCCGUUGAAAGAAGUCCCCGAAGGCGAUUGGAUCUGCAGCUUUUGUCAAGGCCACGAGGCUCCGAAGCCACCGGAAGGGAAGAAGGUGGCGAGGACGGCGAGGGAGAAGCUUCUCUCGAGCGAUCUAUGGGCUGCUCGGAUCGAGAAGCUAUGGAGAGGAGACGGUGUGUAUUGGAUUCGAGCUCGUUGGUAUAUUAUACCUGAAGAGACUGCUUCGGGGCGUCAGCCGCAUAACUUGAAACGAGAGGUUUAUUUGACGAACGAUUUUGCUGACGUGGAGAUGAGUUGUGUGCUGAGGCAUUGUUUCGUUAAGUCUCCUAAGGAGUUUGCCAAGGCGGGUAACGAUGGUGAUGAUGUUUUCUUGUGUGAGUAUGAGUACGAUGUGCAUUGGCAUAGCUUCAAGCGUUUGGCUGAGUUGGUGGAUGGGGAUUGCGAGAGUGAUGACCAUGAGUGGAGGGAAGAAGAGGAGGUUGGUGAUGAUAGUGAUGAAGAGAUGGAGGGGGAAGAUGAUUCCAAGAGUAAGAUAGGUUUAGCAACGAGUUCUAAAGCUGCGAAUUCGCUUAAAGGGAGGUUCUUUGGGCUUGACAAGGUGGGAGCGAAGCGGAUUCCUGAGCAUGUGAGAUGCCAUAAGCAGAGUGAGUUGGAGAAAGCGAAAGCUACGUUGUUGUUGGCGACGAGGCCUAAGUCUCUUCCAUGUAGGAACAAGGAGAUGGAGGAGAUCACUGCGUUUAUAAAAGGUUCCAUCUUGGAUGAUCAGUGUUUAGGAAGGUGUAUGUACAUUCAUGGUGUUCCUGGCACAGGGAAGACUGUUAGCGUGCUAUCCGUUAUGAAGAAUCUGAAGGUUGAGGUUGAAGAAGGAAGUGUGAGCCCGUAUUGCUUUGUGGAGAUCAACGGUCUCAAACUGGCUUCACCUGAGAAGAUUUACACUGUGAUCUAUGAGGCGUUGAGUGGUCAUCGUGUGGGUUGGAAGAAAGCUUUGCAGUCUCUGAACGAGAGGUUUUCAGAAGGGAAACGUAUUGGGAAAGAGGAAGAGAAGCCUUGCAUACUUCUCAUCGACGAGCUUGAUCUCUUGGUUACUAGAAACCAGUCUGUUCUAUACAACAUUUUGGAUUGGCCCACCAAGCCUAACUCCAAGCUGAUUGUGUUGGGGAUAGCAAACACUAUGGAUCUUCCAGAGAAGCUGCUUCCUCGGAUCUCAAGCCGAAUGGGUAUACAGAGACUAUGUUUCGGUCCUUAUAACCACACUCAGCUACAAGAGAUCAUCUCCACAAGGCUGAAAGGAAUCGAUGCUUUUGAGAAGCAAGCUAUUGAGUUUGCUUCGAGGAAAGUAGCUGCGAUCUCAGGAGAUGCAAGACGUGCUCUCGAGAUUUGCAGGCGUGCAGCUGAAGUUGCGGAUUACCGUCUAAAGAACAACGCAACCGCGAAGCACCAGCUGGUGGUUAUGGCAGAUGUUGAAGCAGCGAUCCAAGAGAUGUUUCAAGCACCUCACAUUCAAGUUAUGAAGAGCGUUUCGAAGCUGAGUAAGAUCUACUUGACGGCUAUGGUUCACGAGCUUUACAAGACAGGAAUGGCGGAGACAACGUUUGACAGAGUGGCGACGACAGUGUCGUCUCUUUGUGGAACCAAUGGAGAAGCUUUUCCCGGUUGGGACGUUCUUCUCAAAGUGGGUUGUGAACUUGGUGAAUGCAGAAUCAUUCUCUGUGAGCCUGGAGAGAGGCAUAGGUUGCAGAAGCUGCAGCUGAACUUUCCAAGUGAUGAUGUUGCUUUUGCAUUGAAAGACAACAAGGAUCUUCCAUGGUUGGGAAAUUACUUGUGAGUUUUUCUGUUAUUGCUGUUUAUUGAAUCCAGAAACUUUCUUUAAGUUAAAGACUAGUUUUGUUGGUUCAUGUUGGAUGAUCAUCUGGACUUAUAUCUGUUUUUUCUUGUUUGAAAUGUUGUCAUGUAUCCUUUGUUUGUGUAAAAUCACACACAGAGAAAUGUUUUUUUAUUCUUCAUAUGCAAGAACAAGGUCUCUCCCUGUUAUUGACAAA